AUGAUCACUUUUAACGAACAACACUAUAACAAUAGUUGCUGUACAUUGUAUAUAGCUGAUCUAUUAAAUCGUCGCAUACAAAAUUGGCCAAAAAAUGCUUUAGAAGGUGUUACUGGAGCUAGUUCAAAUGGCGGUGAGCCAGGUUCUAAUAAUGCAUCAUUAGAUAGACUAUAUGGUUUACGUGUUGAUAAAGAAACAAAAAUAGUCUAUGGAGUUGAUUUAAUGAACAAUAGAAUUCAACGUUGGAAACAUGGUGAAACCGAAGAUGAUACUAUUGUUGGUGGUAAUGGUGAAGUGAAUGAAAAUAAUCAAUUUCAUCAUCCAACUGAUUUGGCAUUUGAUAGUAAUGGCAGUCUAUAUGUAAAUGAUGUCUGA